UUACGUCUCCGGCUUCAUUGCUUAUUUAUAAACUCACCAACUUCGCAUUCUAAUCGCUUCUUGUCUCAAACCAACUCCAACUGGUUGACUGCUUACGUUGGCUGUCGCCUGAGUUUCUUCAAAAGACCGCCAAGAAAGGGACGCGCAAGUUAAUUAAAUUACAUCGCGGUCUCAAAUAUGGUUACCACGACGACGACGACGACGACGACGAUGAUGCUGAUGAGGAAGAUGUUCGUACUGAUGAUGAUGCUGAUGAUGAUGGUUAUGUCUGUUGGCAAGGCAUUUCCUGACAAGACAUCAAUUAAAGAAUUACUGAAAGAUUUUCAAACGAUCGAUGUUCGAGCCAGCAGCGGAGAUUCCAAUAUAUUGUGUAAAGACGACAAGUUAGACAUUGCUUUCAUUAUCGACACUUCAAGGAGCAUUCAUGCGCACGAAUACGAUCAACAAAUCGAAUUUGUUAUGAAACUUGUUUCCAUAUUUAAUAUCAGUCCUCAAAACAUCCGCGUUGCGGCAAUCUCGUUCGGACAGGAAGUCGUUCGUGACUCGGCGUUCGGAUUCUCAACGCACAAAACCAAGGAGAAAGUCCUGGCUGGUAUCAAGGGCAUUGUUUAUCGUGGCAGAGACAUGGGUGACCAAACGGAAACGGGAACGGCCAUUGCUUUCGCCAGAAAGAACGUAUUUAGCAACACACGGCCGGGUGUCAAAAGAAUCUGCGUUGUGUUGACCGACGGCAGAUCCACGGAUCCCUUGCAAACGAAACAGGAGGCAAGCUAUGCCAGGAAGGAUGGCAUCAAGAUGAUUGCUGUCGGUAUCGGUAACAAUGUGUCGAUGGAAGAACUCAAAGCCAUCGCCAGCAACGGUCAACUAGUUUUUAAGAUUGAUUCUUACGAACUUCUGCCUCAGUUUGAGAGACACGUCAUGACACAAACGUGUGAAAGUAAGU